AUGGGAGGUGGUGGUAACCAAGUGGCGGAGGCUUCGGCGGCUAGUGGAGUUGAGGCCGCCAUCAUCAACGGCGGCGGGGACCAUGCCGUGACCGUAGCGAAGAACACGCCCCUCUUGGCGAAAUGCUUCAAGCGCAAGCCGCUCGCGGUGGUGAAUGCCGAGGAGAGCGAAGGGGUGCUAGAGCGAAAUCUGGGGUUCUGGGACCUUUUUGCUCUGGGCUUUGGCGGCACCGUUGGCAGUGGCGUUUUCGUCAUGUCCGGUCUCAUUUGCCACGAGAUUGCUGGCCCGGCCGGCAUGUUCUCGUGGAUGAUAGCGGGCUUCGGGUGCCUGUUGAGCGGCAUGUCCUUCGCGGAACUUUCCUGGAGAGUUCCUUCGGCGGGCGGAGCCUAUGCGUACACAUUUGUGGCUUUGGGAGAACUGCCGGCGGCUAUCGUCGGCUGGUGCAUGACGCUGGAGUACGGCAUCUCCGCCGCCGCUGUAGCCAAGAGUUGGGGCGAAAUGCUUAGCGUGGGGCUAUCCCACUCGGUCGACGGUGGAGGUUCCGCGGCAGGAGACGAUGGGGACAACAAGGCCGGUGGCCUUAGGACGCUUGGAGUGGUCCUAGACAUGGGGGGCGUUUACGGAGCGCUGCUUCAGGCGGUGUGCGUGAUGAUCGUGGUCGGUGGCCUCCAGGCCAGCAAGUACACCGUCAACACUUUUUGCGUCGCUAAGGCGCUGCUGGUAGUUUUCAUGACGGGGGCGGCGUUCUCCCUUUGGGACGCCGACAAUUUCGUCCCUCUGGCGCCCUUCGGUGCUAGCGGGGUUUUGAAGGGCGCCGUCGCGGCGUUUUUCGGUUUCUUGGGCUUCGAUGAGGUGGUGCUGUUAGCGCCCGAGGCGAAGAACCCCGCGAAGCACGUUCCGCGCGCCUUGUUCGCGUCCCUCCUGGGCGUCACGAUCGUCUGCGCGAUGGCCUCGGUGUCGCUGUCUGGAGCAGAGUCUGCGCCGAACCUGGACCCUGAUUCCGCGUUCGCGGAGGCGUUUCGGGCACGCGGAAUGAUGACCGCUUACCAGAUAACCACUAUCGGAGAGCUCGCCACCCUUCCUUUGGUGGUGCUGGUGUCGUUCAUGGCCCAGCCCCGGCUGCUGUACGCCAUGGCGAAGGACGGCCUCCUUCCGAGGGUGUUCGCUGAGGUGGACUCACGCGGAACGCUUUUCAAGGGGUCUCUGAUUAGCGGUGGCAUCUGCAUGAUUACGGCGCUUUUGGUUCCGUUCGACUCGCUCAACACCCUCAUUAGCGCUGGGGUGUUGCUCGCCUUCAACUUCGUCACCAGCAGCCAUUUGGCGUUACGAUCUCGUGCUUGCCAGGUCCAUCCCCUCCUCGUGGCCCGCUCGGAGAUUUGCACCGACAACGAAACCACGCCCCCCCCCAAGCUCGCGAGCGAAAGAAAGCAGGGGCGGGAGGGCGUGAUGGAGGUGCUAGUCGUAAACCUGAUGGCCUGUGCGAGUGCUGGCAUGUCCCUCGCGGCCAGGUACAGCGGGCACGCCGGGGGCAUCGUUUUUUCGGCGUUCGCCGUUAUCUUCGGAGCUGCGAUGUGCUACGUGGUGUCCGGCCUGCAAUCUCACCCUAUCGCGCUCGUCUCGGACGGAAACUUCCUAGCCCCGCUCUUCCCGUGGCCGCAAGCACUGGCUCUGUGGGUGAACUGGUUCUUGGUCUGCCAGCUCCCGACAGAGGGCCUGCUCUCCCUCCUCGCCUACGUGGGCUUCGCCGCGGCCCAGUACGCCUGCUACGGGGUGUCUCGCAGCGUCGGCAACUGCACCGGGUGGGCCCGGCUUCUUGGCGCCGCUUCGGCGAGAGAGUCCCCUGCUACGUCCCGUUGCCUGUCGCUAUCCGCGGACGCGUUGGAGAACGCCUUGAUGGACGCGGGAGGCGCGCCGACGGCGGAUAGCAUGUCGGCGAACGAGGGGCAUCCGCUACUGGGAUGUGGAGAGGGGGGGGGAGGGGGAGCGGAGCAGCGGCCGGGCAUUUCGAUUGGUGGUGGCGGUGGGGAUAGUUCUGAAGAUGUAGCGACACCCCUGAUACCCGUGGUGACGGUGCUGUCCAACGACCGGCUGAAGGCACCGGCCGCGACGGCCUCGCACGAUAGCCUGCUGGUGCGCCGUCGUUCCCUGGAUAGCCACGGGCUCCGUACGGCGGCGCCUUGAACCGACCGCCAUCAUGGACGAGAGUACGGGAAAAAGAUGAGUCCCGUUGGUCAACAUGUUGGCAUGGAACGCGGUGGAGAGCGAAAUACCACGCUUUAGUGGCAAGGAGCGCGAGGCAGGUUGACAUUACCUCAUGUCCUCGCCGUUGGGGGUUUUGAUAAUUUCGCCGGUGGCUUUGGCCACUGCCCCGGAACGUUUGGUGUGUCUUUGCAACCUUGACCCAACAGGGUUGCUGGUGCUGUUCUCCAAAUGCAUUAGAUGUAGCGUAGCGCGCCAUGUACCACAGGCUGCCGACAUGGCUCUACGUGCUUGGUGACGGAAAUGGCCAUCGCAGCGUGUCGUAUCGAAUACACCAGCACGCAUGUACGUGCUGCAAGGAUCACGCGUUGGCCUCUCCAAGAGCGGGAAGCAUUAGCUUCCUCGAAGUUUGUUUUGUAGCAGUACUUUGUUGAGAGAUCAUGCUCCUUGGUGUAGCGCCGAAGAUGGCAUAAACAGACGGCGGCUACGUGGCAUGUCGCAUCGUGUCAGCGUAGCACUGUUGUGUUCUGGGUGGGGACCGGUGUACAUAUGUGAGGCUUGUUCAUGUUGUAACUUCCUCGGUAGGAGAAAAGGGUUGGUGGCCCGGUGGCCCGGAGACUUCUGAUUGGUGGAAUACUGUUGGGUCCAACAUUGGCCGAAACCCCUUUUUUUGAUGGCGGACGCCAUCCACCAUCAGACGAAGGGUGUGAAUUACAUGACCGGGGUGUUUCUGACAGGCCUAGAUUUUUUCAGUGCACAGAGAAGCGGCUAGUCUGCUGUGGGGUGACGUGUGAAAAAAUUGGGAUUUUGUGGUACACUUUUCUUACCGGUUAAAAAUUGUGAAGUGGAAAGCGUGGCCGUUUUGUUGUUGACGUUGACGUGAGAAUUUUGUUGUUUGUGUCACUACAACUUAUGCUGACUUGCCUUAUUUUCUUUUCCCCUGCUUUCGUGUUGGGCUUUUCCAAAAUGAUGGCCCACGCGCCCAAUGGCCGGUGCUGUCCUCU